AUGUCAUUCAUGAGGCAGAACAUGACUGUGGAAUCUGGUGGAAUCCAGACAGGAGCCCAUUCAGCCCCUCGCCCCAGGCCAACCCCUCCUCGCCCCUCCAUCACCCCCUUCAGCCCCUCGCCCCAGGCCAACUCCUCCUCGCCCCUCCCUCACACCCUUCAGCCCCUCGCCCCAGGCCAACUCCUCCUCGCCUCUCCAUCACCCUCUUCAGCCCCUCGCCCCAGGCCAACUCCUCCUCGCCCCUCCCUCCCCCUCUUCAGCCCCUCGCCCCAGGCCAACUCCUCCUCGCCCCUCCAUCACCCUCUUCAGCCCCUCGCCCCAGGCCAACUCCGCCUCGCCCCUCCCUCACCCUCUUCAGCCCCUCGCCCCAGGCCAACUCCUCCUCGCCUCUCCAUCACCCUCUUCAGCCCCUCGCCCCAGGCCAACUCCUCCUCGCCUCUCCAUCACCCUCUUCAGCCCCUCGCCCCAGGUCAACUCCUCCUCGCCCCAGGUCAACUCCUCCUCGCCCCUCCAUCACCCUCUUCAGCCCCUCGCCCCAAGCCAACUCCUCCUCGCCCCUCCCUCACCCUCUUCAGCCCCUCGUCCCAGGCCAACUCCUCCUCGCCCCUCCAUCACCCUCUUCAGCCCCUCGCCCCAGGCCAACUCCUCCUCGUCCCUCCAUCACCCCCUUCAGCCCCUCGCCCCAGGCCAACUCCUCCUCGCCCCUCCCUCACCCUCUUCAGCCCCUCGCCCCAGGCCAACUCCUCCUCGCCCCUCCCUCCCCCUCUUCAGCCCCUCGCCCCAGGCCAACUCCUCCUCGCCCCUCCAUCACCCUCUUCAGCCCCUCGCCCCAGGCCAACUCCUCCUCGCCCCUCCAUCACCCUCUUCAGCCCCUCGCCCCAGGCCAACUCCUCCUCGCCCCUCCAUCACCCCCUACAGCCCCUCGCCCCAGGCCAACUCCUCCUCGCCCCUCCAUCACCCUCUUCAGCCCCUCGCCCCAGGCCAACUCCUCCUCGCCCCUCCCUCACCCUCUUCAGCCCCUCGCCCCAGGCCAACUCCUCCUCGCCCCUCCAUCACCCCCUACAGCCCCUCACCCCAGGCCAACUCCUCCUCGCCCCUCCAUCACCCUCUUCAGCCCCUCGUCCCAGGCCAACUCCUCCUCGCCCCUCCAUCACCCUCUUCAGCCCCUCGCCCCAGGCCAACUCCUCCAUCACCCCCGUCAGCCCCUCGCCCCAGGCCAACUCCUCCUUGUCCCUCCAUCACCCCCUUCAGCCACUCUCCCCAGCCUCUUCCUCGCCCCUCAAUCACCCCCUUCAUCCCCUGUGUAACUUGGCUCCCGUCUACUCCACAGGGAAAACAGACAGUCACAGUCCCCUGUAUGAUACACCGCCCGUCCAGACACUGUGGGCGUGUCUGGACGAGGAGGAGGAUGGCCCUGGUCUACUGAAGGAAGAGGGCCCUGGUCCACUGAAGGACGAGAAGGAGGAGGAGGGCCCUGGUCUACUGAAGGAAGAGGGCCCUGGUCCACUGAAGGAAGAGGGUCCUGGUCUACUGGAGGACGAGGAGGAGGAGGGCCCUGGUCCACUGAAGGACGAGGAGGGGGGCCCUGGUCCACAGAAGGACGAGGAGGAGGGCCCUGGUCUACUGAAGGAAGAGGGCCCUGGUCCACUGAAGGACGAGGAGGAGGAGGGCCCUGGUUCAAUGAAGGACGAGGAGGAGGAGGGCCCUGGUCCACUGAAGGACGAGGGCCCUGGUCUACUGAAGGACGAGGGCCCUGGUCUACUGAAGGAAGAGGGCGCUGGUCUACUGAAGGAAGAGGAGGAGGGCCCUGGUCUACUGAAGGAAGAGGGUCCUGGUCUACUGAAGGACGAGGAGGAGGAGGGCCCUGGUCCACUGAAGGACGAGGAGGAGGAGGGCCCUGGUCCACUGAAGAACGAGGAGGAGGGUCCUGGUCUACUGAAGGAAGAGGGCCCUGGUCUACUGAAGGAAGAGGGCCCUGGUCUACUGAAGGAAGAGGACCCUGGUCUACUGGAGGAAGAGAGCCCUGGACUACUGAAGGAAGAGGGCCCUGGUCUACUGGAGGAAGAGGGCCCUGGUCUACUGAAGGAAGAGGGCCCUGGUCCACUGAGGGACAUGGAGGAGGGCCCUGGUGUGCGUAAUGAUGGGUUGGCAGUACUGAUGGUUAGUAGCCCGGCGAUGUCGCGCACCGGAGGAGGAGUAGACGCAUGGCUCCAGCCGCAGGACGACGCCGGGCCAGGUGGACGGCCCCGAGGGCGAGUAGCAGGCCCGGAUGGCGAGUAG